AUGAUGGGGCUGUACGAUUUGGUGUGGCGGGGGCUGCACGCGUUGCUUUACUUGCACCGCACGCUCACCUCCUGGCUUCGCGUUCGGUUAGGCACCUGGAACUGGAUCUGGCGGCGCUGCUAUCGCGCUGCCUCCGCCGCGGUCCUAGCGCCGCUCGGCUUAACGCUCCGCAAGCCCCCGGCAGCCGGCAGGAACCGCCGGCUCUACCGGCACCCGGGUAGGGGGCCGGGCCCGGCCACCGCCCACCCCCGGCUACGCUGGCGCGCUGAUGGCAGUUCCCUGGAGAAGCUGCCGGUACAUGUGGGCCUGGUAAUCACCGAGGAGCAGGAGCCCAGCUUCUCGGACAUCGCAAGCCUUGUGGUGUGGUGUAUGGCCGUGGGCAUCUCCUACAUUAGCGUCUACGACCACCAAGGUAUUUUCAAAAGAAAUAAUUCCAGAUUAAUGGAUGAAAUUUUAAAACAACAACAGGAACUUCUGGGUUUAGACUGUUCCAAAUAUUCACCAGAGUUUGCAAAUAGUAAUGACAAAGAUGAUCAAGUUUUAAAUUGCCAACCCUCAGUGAUAUUACUGUCUCCAGAAGAUGGAAAAGCAGGUAUUGUGAGAGCUGCGCAGGACUUUUGCCAGUUAGUAGCCCAGCAGCAAAAGAAAUCCACAGAUUUGGAUGUAGAUAUGUUAAACAGUUUACUUAGUUCACAUGGUUUCCCCGAUCCUGAUUUAGUAUUGAAGUUUGGUCCUAUGGACAGCACGUUAGGCUUUCUUCCUUGGCACAUCAGAUUGACUGAGAUUUUGUCUUUGCCUUCCCAUUUAAACAUCAGUUAUGGGGACUUUUCCUCUGCCCUUCCUCAAUAUGCAACCUGUGAACAGCGUCUGGGAAAGUAG